AUGAGAAAAGGUGCUGUCAGAUUAUACCUUUAUGAAGUUAGUACUGAUGAAAUAGCUAAAAUAAGACAGACACAAAUGAGAUUUAGAGAAUUAAAGUGGUACAGAAAAGAUGUCCAUCCACAUCUUGGGCUCCUUUCAGACACGGGAAAGUCUUUUUCUCAGUUGCCUUUGCAUUCAAAUAAAGAAAAUGCUUAUGAUGGAGUCACAUCAACUGAAAGUAUGAGGAAUGGACUGGUUAAUAAUGAAGUCCAUAAUGAAGAUGGGAGAGGUGGAGAUGUCUCUCAGUUUCCGUAUGUGGAAUUUACAGGAAGAGAUAGUGUCACUUGCCCCACUUGUCAAGGAACGGGAAGAAUUCCUAGAGGGCAAGAAAACCAGCUGGUGGCAUUGAUUCCAUAUAGUGAUCAGAGAUUAAGGCCAAGAAGGACAAAGCUGUAUGUGAUGGCUUCUGUGUUUGUUUGUCUGCUCCUUUCUGGAUUGGCUGUAUUUUUCCUUUUCCCUCGCUCUAUUGACGCGAAAUACAUUGGCGUAAAAUCAGCAUACGUCAUAUGUUCAAAAGCGUACAGUAUAAAAAAAAAGCAUAUGGUAUAUUUAAAUAUCACGAACACACUAAAUAUAACAAACAAUAACUACUAUUCUGUUGAAGUUGAAAACAUCACUGCACAAGUUCAAUUAUCAAAAACAGUUAUUGGAAAGGCACGCUUAAACAACAUAACCAAUAUUGGCCCACUGGAUAUGAAACAAAUUGAUUAUACAGUACCUACUAUCAUAGCAGAGGAAAUGAGUUAUAUGUAUGAUUUCUGUACACUGAUAUCCAUCAAAGUGCAUAACAUAGUACUCAUGAUGCAAGUUACUGUGACAACAACAUACUUCGGACACUCUGAACAGAUAUCGCAGGAGAGGUACCAGUAUGUUGACUGUGGAAGGAACACAACUUAUCAGUUGGGGCAAUCUGAGUAUCUAAAUGUACUUCAGCCACAACAUAAAAACCGAAAGAGAUGCCACUGGAGAAGAAAUCCCUAUUGAUAUUUUUCUGAACUCGGAAGGAUGAGGUACUUACUUCCUGAUAGAAGAUCUUCAAUUGAACAAACCUAAACUUUGCACUUCCAUUUUAGGGGUACAGUUAAAAGUGUGUGGACUUGUACAUUAUUGCAACACUCUACUCUGUGUUCAUAUCUAUACCAGGAUCUUUUACUUGAAUCUAAAUUUGAUUUUCUUCCCCCUCCUCCCCUAAUGGGGACAUUGAGACUUCCCAGGUAGGACAACAAAUAAUUAUCUAUAAUUCACAGCUUCAGUGACUACUGGAAACAUAAUUUUGAUGAUGAACAUAAUUGGAGAAACUUUAUUUCUGGAUGUUUUUAUAGAAUAUUACAGAGAACCUGUUAUUCAUGAAAGACUUUUAAAAAAUAACUUU